AUGUCCAAGCAAAAUGAAACCUUGGCGUUGAUGCCCUCACACGCCGUCACCGCCAUCGCUUGUGUUUGGGCCUUUAUGACCGCUCUGGCUUUCGUUGGCAACCUUCUUGUCAUACUGUCAGUCUUACUCGCCAAGAAGCUACGCACAGUGACCAAUGCCUUCGUGGUCAACCUCAGCGUAGCAGACCUGUGGUCGUGUCUGUCCUAUCCGUGGAUGAUCGUGGCCCAGGUGAGCCCAGGCGGCUGGCCCCUGGCGUCAGAAGUCCCCUGCACCGUUGCCGCCUUGCAGUUUGACACCAGCCUCUGCGUUCGUGUAUUCACGCUGGCCGCCGUAGCUGUCAAUCGCUUGGUUCUUACGACCGUGUGCAGAGCGACUUACAGAAGGUUGUACUCUCCGAGGAAAGUCAUCGGCAUGAUUGCGACCACGUGGGUCGUAUCAUGCACCAUCGUUUUCCUCCCUUACGUUCUUGAAAUUAGUGAGCCCGGCUACUAUCCCGAAGAUAAAAUCUGCUCGACCAAGGACGGUUUUCAUGGCCGGAAAUUCACUUACGAAAUCAUCGAGUCGAGUUGCUUGGUGCUGUCCUUGACCAUCGCCGUGAUUUCCUACGCGGUGCUCUACGCCCGAUCGGUCCUGCAGAAGAGAGACCAGGCACUCCGUGUUGAUAACCAGCCACACGAUGAAGUGGUGGUGACUGAAAGGAGGAUGUUUUUCUUGGAGAUCAGUAUCCGCGAUGCCACCAGGCAGAAAAUUACCAACCCAGACCAGGAGCAAGCCACCACCAAGAUCUUGUUGAUAGCCUUCUGCAUCAUGUUGCUACUUGUGUUGCCCUUUCUGAUCGCGCUGGUGGCGUCAGCCGACCAUAAAUUCGUCGUCUACAGUAUGACCAUCGCCAUACUGACCAGCUGCGUGAAUCCCAUCAUCUACGCGUUUGGUCACCCUCAUUUCAAGGCGGUUCUUCCCAAGGUUGCCCGAUGCCGCUACUCGGAGAUACUCAAGCCUUCGUACUUUUUGCAAGCAAUGCUUCAGCCUUCUUCUAUUGCUUUGAACAAGGAGAGCUCGGAACCACUGGCGUAA